AUGAAUGUAUUCAUGUUUCAUAAGUGAUGGGUGGAUUUCGUAGUAUUUUUUUUUGUUUACAUCAACAUCAUCAUCAUCAUCAUUAUAUUAACCGAAACGCGAAAGAAAGCAUCGUAAUUAACUGAAUCAAAUAUCCGUAUUUGUGAAACGAAAAAAAAUGAAUAAUAAAAUGGUGAAAAUUUCCGUAUACUUGGAAGAUCUUGAAACAAUUAAAGAAUAUCGUCGUGAUACAAGACUUGAACUUGAUGUCAUAGCCGAUUCUAUCGAUUUAUUAAUUCGUGAACAAAAUAUUCGUAGAUUAUUGGAUGAAUAUUAUAAUCUACGCAUGUAUUGUAGUAAUCUUGAUGAUUGGGAUCGUCGAUUAGAUCAAACUGUAGAUGAUAGAAUACAAUCACGAUCCUACACACGAAUGAUUAGACAAUCAUUGGAUAGAAUUGUUGACUAUUUUCAACAAUCUAGUGAUGGUGGUAUUAAUAAUUGUCAUCUUUAUUCGAAAAUGUCAUCAUUAUUAUCCCCAUCAUCACAAUCGAUGAUCAGUAUCGUACAACAUCAACAACAACAAUCAUCAUCAUAUGGAAAUGGUAAUCCUGUUGAAUCAACGAUUACGAACAUUAAUCAUUGUUUAAAUAAUGAUUGUGAUGAUGGUGAAGAAAUGGAAAAAUUGGAAGAAAAAAUGCAAAAAUCAUCAAUUCAAUCGCCGCCAUCACAAAUCGUCAUCCCAAGUAAAAAAGUGGAUGAAAAACAACGUGAAAUACCAAAAAAUAUGGAUUGGUCGAAACCCCCACCGAAAAAAUUUGAUUAUGCAUCAUCAACAGAAAACAAAGAAAGUUCCUGCGACAGCAAUUCACAGCAUUCUUCUGAUUUGGAGACGGCGAAAUUAUUUGAAUAUUUGGAAAAUCAUUAUUCGGAAUUUGAUAAAAAAACAAAUCCGCUUGGCAACAGCAAAAAUAAUUUGUCAUAA